CCGUGUCCCCUCUCUGUAAGGCUACUGUAACACGGCAGGUUAUGGCUGUACAGUCUCUGCCGCAGUUUGAGGAACAGUAAGCUGCUAAUUACAGCCCCGCCCAUGUUUCCCAGAAGGGGGGGGCGCCUCAAAGCGAAAGUAAAGCUCCGGCCGCUUCCUGAGCAGCUCAGACUCGGAACCAACAGCUCAGGGUCGGAACCCACAGCGCCAUGUUCUGCAGCAGGGGGGCUCUCUCUCUGAGGGUCUAUCAGCUUAAAGUUCUCCUCUCUCUGUGCAUGGUUGCUGCCAGCAGCCUUACCAUUCAGUUGAUCCCAGACUGUGCAUCGGUCGGCAAGAACGUCACUCUCAGUGUCAGUGGAAUAAAUGGGAACUUAAAUAGCUUUACCUGGUAUCUAGGAGAGCCAAGUGCUUCAAACCAGAUAAUAAACUAUAUAGUAAGCAUUACACCUCCCAGCGCUCCCGGACCCAAAAACUUUUCUGAUGCCAUUGGACUUCCAAAUGGUUCCUUGCUAAUUACAAACCUCAAGACAGAAUACAGUAAUACCUACACGGUACAGGUACAGGCAAGUACACCGGGCCAAGCUUCAGCUGAGCUGACUGUGGAAAAGAGCUGUGACUCUGGUGGGCUCACUCCUGGUCAAAUUGCCGGCAUUGUUAUUGGAGUUCUUGUAGGGGUCGCCCUAAUUGCAGCUGCAGCUUACUUUAUAUGCAAACAUUUGAACAGCAGAGAAGUCAGUAUAUCCCCUUGUAAGCAAGGAGAGGCAUCGCAAAACCUUUAUGGCUGAAUAAAAGUGUUAGUGUCGAGAACAUUUAAUAAGAAGAUGGAUAAAUAGUCCAGAAGAAUAAAAGUGACAUUUUGAGUGAACACCAUCGUUAACCCAUGUUAUUAAUUGAUUCAAGUUUUGUUGGUUAAUUCUAAGUUUUAAAAAAAUUGAAAAUAUCAGAUGCGCAUCUGGCGUGCACCAGUGACAAACAGAGGGCCGCUCGGGAGAGAACAAAUGUCAGCGUGGAUAAGAACCAGGAUGUUGAGUGGCCAGUAGUGGUGCAAAUGGCGUUCACAAAAACAGAUGCCACAGUAACCUUUAGGAGAUUUACCUCUUUAUAUGGAAAGGCAGCCUAUAAGGUCACUAUUAUUUAUUGCUUGCGGUGAACUAUGUGUGAUAUGAUUUCCUAGAAACCUUGGUAACCAAAAAUUAAUUUCCAGGAACACUUGGUCACUGGGGUUUGUUUUAAGCGUCAAAAGCAGGGUGAUGUGCCAUGCCUUCCACAUAUGGCAAGGGUAAUAGUCAUGUUUAGAACAAAACAGUUUGGAUUUUAGUCACCUUUCCAGUAGCUAUAAGCUAUAGAGGGAGAACAGGCAUGGAGAGCUGCUUUUUUAAUUUGUAUGAAAUUGGCCGAUUUAAAAACCAUGGAUAUUUUUUUGGACCAAAAUGAACAGGGACAGAAAGUCAAAACCAGGGACAACUCGGGAAACUUCUACUUCAUCCCCUAACAUUCCGUCCUAAUAUUAAUAUCCAUAUACUAACAUUUGGGUAGGUUUAUAAAAUUUAUUUCAGAGCAAAACUGGGAAAAGCUGGGAAAUCAGUUUUGGAUUUGUUGGCUGAUAUUUUUCUUAACACAUUAGAUCAAAUUUGCUUCUCAUGGGAUUCAACAUUGAAAACUACUUUUUCUUCUGGGGACCUAUCGUAUUUCUGUAGGCUGGGGGCUGUAAUAAAUAUUCAUAAUAUUGACUUUUCUUGAAUUCCAACUCGGAUUCCCAAUUUCAUCUCUAAGCAUCUUAAGGGUCUCCAAAGAUUUUUCUUAGUUAUGAGCUAGUAAAAACCAGUAUGAUGGUGCUAUUUAUUGUGCCUAUUAGCUAGAAAUGCAAAUACAUGGAUGAAUAAACCUCACUGUGCCAUAGCCCCUAUGCUGUAUGUUUUACUAAGAUUUUGUAUCUUUUCCCUUUGCAUCCUAAACCCUACUUAUAAAUAUGGUACAUUGUGCCUUCAGAGGCUUCUGUCCUUUGCAUAUGGAACCUUAUAAUCUGCUAAGAAAUAGGAUUUGCACUCAAAGUGACAAUAACAACGGUUUUAGAGGAACGGUGGUUUUCCUCUCAACACUUUAUAUUUAUUAUAAUCCUGUUGGAAUGUUUGUUUUAUAAAGUGAAUUCAUAUUGUUGCAUGAACAGUUAUUGCUCCAGAACAAAGCCUCUUUUUUAAGAAAAUA